AAAAUUCAACUCGAAAACAACCAACCAAACUAAAAAACACAAUCUUUUCUCACAAUGUUCAUUGACACUACAAGCUGCCCUGGAUUCACCAUCCGUGUCCUCAACAAGUCCUUCCUUGCCGAGAACAACAACAACAACAACAAGACACCCAGUCACCACCAUCGCGAUCAUCUUAUUUCCAUGGUAGCCACAAGCUUUGCCGAAGGAGAACCCUGUUGCAAAUUUCUAGGUAUUACAGCAGAGUUGCUCCAGGAACACUUGGUGAAAGCCCUGGUGGAUAAGACAAUUGAGGAGGAACUAUCUUUGGUCUGUAUUGAUAAUGAAACUGGCAGCAUUGUGGCAACGAUGCUCAAUGAAGAUUUUUAUGAUACCAUGAACCCUGAUGAGGAAGCUUGUGAGGCUCUUGCCAGGGACCUUCCGGAAGCUAUUCCAAUUUUUGCCCUUUUGGAGCACUUGGAAACUCGUCUUGUGGAAAGAAGAUUUGGUAGUACUACUGGAGGAGUGAUGAAGCAACGGGAGGUUCUUCAUGCUUUCAUGGGAGCCACUUGCAAGGAAUAUUCUGGAAGAGGACUUGCCAGUUGUCUUCGCAAGCUGACAGCUGAGUAUGCAAGGGAGGCGGGCUUUGCCCAUGUGGUUGUGGAGCCAACCAAUCCAGCAACUCAGCACAUUUGGACCAACAAAAUGGGUGGCACUGUGGAGUGCCGUUUGGAAGCCAAGGAUUUCAUCAUGCCAGAUGGCAGCAAGCCAUUUGUGAGCGACACAGGAAGCUCUAUGGAAAAGGAUGCCAUUAUUGUGAUGCUGACUUUGUAAUAAUAAUCAACACUCUUUAGACUCGGCUCUGACUUUGGCCUAACACCGGCUACUCAUGGCUUCUUUAUUAGGGCCCGAGGAUGCUUACCGUAUCAUUAAAUCCAUCAUCUAAAGACAGUUACUCAAAG